CAAAGGAAGCGGAACGCCGCACACUCCUUUUCUUUCUCUUCCGUCGUCGUCUCUUUCCUUUUUCAUCUGCUGAUUCCCUCCCUUCCCUGUGCGAGCUCAGAAAUUACAAAUCAGAUCUCUACCGGAAACGAUAAUGGCGGUAUCAGCAGCAAGAGGAGGAGGGUGGCAGGAGGCCGACUGCAAGGCCUCCGAAGACAGCGUUCAUCGUUUGUUCGACGCCGCCAAGCCGCCACCCUUCCGCAUCGGCGACGUCCGCGCCGCCAUCCCUUCGCACUGCUGGCGCAAGAGCCCCCUCCGCUCCCUCUCCUACGUCGCCCGCGACCUCCUCAUCGUCACCGCCCUCUUCUUCUCAGCCGCCUCCCGCAUCACCACCGCUCUACCAUGGGCAUGGCCGCUCUACUGGGCCGCGCAGGGCACCAUGUUCUGGGCGCUCUUCGUCCUCGGCCACGAUUGUGGGCACGGCAGCUUCUCAGACAGCGCGAUGCUCAACAGCCUGGUCGGACAUCUGCUUCACUCCUUCAUCCUCGUCCCCUACCAUGGCUGGAGGAUCAGCCACAGAACCCACCAUCAAAACCAUGGUCACAUCGAGAGGGACGAAUCCUGGCACCCGAUCACUGAGAAAUUGUACCGGCAGCUGGAGACACGCACCAAGAAGCUACGCUUUACACUACCAUUUCCAUUGCUUGCUUUCCCUGUCUACCUCUGGUACAGAAGCCCGGGCAAGAGCGGCUCACACUUCCUGCCAAGCAGCGAUCUGUUCAGCCCCAAGGAGAGGAGUGACGUGAUCGUCUCCACCACUUGCUGGUGCAUCAUGAUUUCAUUGCUCGUCGCCAUGGCGUGCGUGUUCGGCCCUGUUCCGGUGCUCAAGCUUUAUGGGGUACCAUACGUUGUAUUUGUCAUGUGGCUUGAUUUGGUUACCUAUCUGCACCACCACGGUCAGCAUGAUCUCCCCUGGUAUCGUGGUGAGGAAUGGAGCUACCUCCGUGGUGGGCUGACAACAGUUGAUCGGGACUACGGUUGGAUCAACAACAUCCACCAUGACAUUGGCACCCAUGUCGUCCACCACCUCUUUCCUCAAAUCCCUCAUUAUCACCUCGUAGAAGCAACCAAGGCAGCAAGACCAGUGCUGGGCAGAUACUACAGAGAGCCAGAGAAGUCAGGUCCGCUGCCACUUCACCUGUUUGGCGUUCUGCUGAGGAGCUUGAGAGUUGAUCACUUUGUCAGCGAUGUUGGGGAUGUUGUUUACUACCAAACUGACCACACCUUGCACGGCACUGGCUGGGCCGAAGAUGCUAAGCACAAGUGAAAAACAUGAAAAUUAUUUGAGUUAAUUACUGUUUAGUAAGCGAACAAUGGAUUGUUUUCCGGUUAGAUAUAUAGCAUAUCCACCAUAGCAUGGACUGCUGAAAGAAACAAAGAAAUAAUAAGCAGCAUGGGCUACUUACCUGCUCAAGAGCAUGCAGCCCUUCAGCAGACAGGAUUCAUUGAUCUGAUGGAUCACCACAUUCAGAUCACUAUACAAGUAUUGUGCGAUUGUUGUUGUAGCUAGUGGCUCUUUCAGUUUUGAUAAGCUCUGAAAAGUGUCAAAAUUAUACCCAGUGGUGUACAUCCAAUUUUCUCCCGUGUAACCCAUUGAGUUUGCCAGCCAACUGAUUGGUCUGGGGUCUGUAUGUACCAUUGAGCAAACAAUUCUGAGCCAAAUUCUGUAACUUAAUUUGUCCAAACUGAAAAAACAUAAUGGAGUUUAUUUUCCUGAUCUAA